AUGCAAACGCUAUCUAUCUAUCUAUCUAUCUAUCUAUCUAUCUAUCUAUCUAUCUAUCUAUCUAUCUAUCUAUCUCAGUUAAUUAUCUAUCUAUCUAUCUAUCUAUCUAUCUAUCUAUCUAUCUAUCUAUCUAUCUAUCUAUCCUGUUAUUUAACGCUCCAAGAACUGCUUUUACGUCGCUUGAUUUUUUCCUCCUUUCCUCUUUCAUUUCUUAUUUCUCUUUCUCGCUUUUUCUUCUCUUUCUUUUCCACGUCAAUUCCCAUUCUUUUUUUUUCUCUCUCUGCGUUACCGACCUUUUGUGUCCUUCUCUUUUUAUUAUGGUCUCUUUUCUCAUUCUGUUUCGCUUUUCUAUUGCUUUAUUUUAAUUUUCUUUUUCUUUUUUCUUUGCUCACUCAUUUAUCCUUCUUUUGGUCUGAAUUCAUUUGUUUUCAGUUUUUUAUUCUCGCAUUCUUAAACCCUCCCAUUUUAACCCCACAUCUCUUUUACUCCAGUUUCCAUAUCUCUCUUUCUAAUUUAAUUUCUCGAUUUUUCGUUUUUUGUUUCAUCUCUCUCUCUUUCUCUGUUUCCCUUGAAAGACAUUUUCUUAUUCUACUCUCUCCCUCACUCUUUUUCAAUAUUGUAUCUUUUUUUUUUCGUUAUAAUCUUUCUCGUCACUCUCCUUUUCCUGGGUUACCCCCUCUUUAUUAUUGUUCCUUCUGUCGCUUUUUCCAUUUCCCUUUGUUUUUCAACUUUUCAUUACGCGUUUCCCUGUCUUCCUUCCCCUCACUUUUUCUCUAUUAUCCGCUCUCAUUUAACGCUUUUUUCUCUUCCCAUUCCCUCUACUUCAUUAUAUUUCAUUUUUCUGUUCCCUUUUUCUUUUUCACCGUCAUCCUUUUCUUUUUUGCUGUCCAUUUCUCCCCCUUCCUCAUUAUCCUUUUCUUUUUUCUCAUCUUCCACUCUCUAUUUCUCUAUUCCCUCUCUCGAUUUUCCCGUGUUCUUUGUAAAUUUCUCUCUUUCUUUUUUUUUUUUUACCUAAUUUCUCUUUCUUUCUAUAGCCGCUUUUCUGUUCCUAUUCUUUUUCUCUCUAAUCUUUCUUCUCAUUUUCUUAUUUGCUGCCUAUUCUUUCACAUUUUAUCUCUCUAUUAUUUCCAGCCACUUAGCGGACCUCUUUAUCCGCGGGUUCGUUUUCCGCAGUUACUGUUGCCCGUGGUCAGCCCAAGAAACAUCAAAGGUUUACAAAUAUGCCUGGUGUGUUCUAUCUAUCUAUCUAUCUAUCUAUCUAUCUAUCUAUCUAUCUAUCUAUCUAUCUAUCUAUCUAAUCCUGUUCAUUAUCUAUCUCUCUAUCCAUCUAAUUUUGUUCAUUAUCUUAUUCUCAUCAUUAUCUAUCUAUCUAUCUAUCUAUCUAUCUAUCUAUCUAAUUCUGUUCAUUAUCUAUCUAUCUAUCUAUCUAUCUAUCUAUCUAUCUAUCUAUCUAUCUAUCUAAUCCUGUUCAUUAUCUAUCCAUCUAAUUUUGUUCAUUAUCUAAUUCUGAUCAUUAUCUAUCUAUCUAUCUAUCUAUCUAUCUAUCUAUCUAUCUAUCUAUCUAUCUAUUUAUCUAUCUAUUUCUUUAUCUAUCUAUCUAUCUAUCUAUCUAUCUAUCUAUCUAUCUAUAUAUAUGUGUGUGUGUGUGUAUAA